GUCGCUGCUGGUCAACUUUUCACGUCAGCGAGGCCGCCCGGUCACCAUACACAAUAGUACAAAAGAGGCCGGAUCCUAACUUCAGUCAUUGGGAGUCAGUCAGCCUGACCGUGGCUGAGUUCUGCACGGGGUGGUGCAGAAAGAACUUUUAACGCCAAUAAAGUAAAUUUCACACGCGAUUGAAUCGAAUCGUUUGAAUCCCAAGUCCGAUAAUGAGCAAGAUAUUAAGAGCGUGCAACUUGUUGAAAUCUAUUAAGCAUGGCAGUACAACAUGCAACCUUGUACAGCGGCCAGUCUGGAGUUUGGAAAAAUCAGGAAUCAGAAUGUACAGCAUUAAGGCACAAACAGCACAAAUUAUUCUUGACGAUGGAACAAAAAUGGAAGGAUUGUCUUUUGGGUACCCUCACUCAACUGCGGGAGAAGUCGUAUUCAACACUGGUUUGGUUGGCUAUCCUGAGACCUUGACAGAUCCAAGCUACAGAGGACAGAUCCUGACUCUCACAUCCCCCAUGGCAGGAAACUAUGGGGUCCCAGAUACAAAGAAAUUGGAUGAAUUGGGUUUAAUGAAAUACGUAGAGUCUGAAUUUAUCCAGGUGUCUGGAUUACUCGUGCAGGAUUAUAGCCAUGAAUAUAGCCAUUGGAACUCUGUUAAAUCGCUUUCCGAGUGGUUAAAUGAAGAAAAGAUCCCAGCCCUUUAUGGAAUAGACACCAGAAUGCUUACAAAGAUUGUCCGAGAUAAGGGCACAAUUCUCGGUAAAAUUGAGUUUGAAGGCGAUCCCGUAGAAUUUGUCAAUCCCAAUAUACGAAACCUAAUGGCAGAAAUAUCAACCAAAGAAGUAAAAAUCUUUGGCAAAGGGAAUGCAAUCAAAGUCGUUGCGGUAGACUGUGGUAUAAAACAUAACAUCAUCCGACUUCUUGUGAAGAGAGGGGUUGAAUUACACUUAGUUCCGUGGAAUUAUGAUUUUAUUAACAUGGAGUAUGAUGGACUUUUCCUAUCCAAUGGCCCAGGAGAUCCCACAUUGGCUGGACAACUAAUUGAAAACUUGCACAAGGUGAUUAAGAGCAAUCGUUCAGAGCCAAUAUUCGGGAUCUGUAUGGGGAACCAGCUGACUGCACUGGCUGUCGGCGCCAAUUGCUAUAAACUGCCAAUGGGAAACAGAGGACAGAACCAGCCUGUGCUGAAUGUAAUGAAUGGCCAAGCAUUCAUUACAGCCCAGAACCAUGGAUUUGCCAUUGAUAGUUCAACACUUCCGGAUGGUUGGAAACCAAUGUUCGUUAAUGCCAACGAUGGCACCAAUGAGGGAAUCGUUCAUGAGAGCAAGCCGAUCUUCACUGCACAAUUCCAUCCAGAGGCGAAGGGAGGGCCAACAGAUACCGAGUUCCUGUUUGAUGCUUUCAUCUCGCUGAUAAAAAAGGGUAAAGGUACCAGCGUUGCAUCAGUUAUGCCACCAGUGCCUGCUGUCCCCAAGAGAUUGGAGGUUUCCAAGGUCCUGGUCUUGGGUUCAGGUGGUCUCUCCAUUGGCCAGGCCGGCGAGUUUGAUUACUCUGGAUCACAGGCGGUCAAAGCUUUGAAGGAAGAAAAUAUAAAAACGGUAUUAAUGAACCCAAACAUUGCAUCGGUGCAGACAAACGAGGAGGGAACAAAACAAGCAGACACGGUUUAUUUCUUACCGGUCACGCCAGAGUUUGUUACUGAUAUUAUUAAAACAGAGAAGCCUGAUGGAAUACUGCUGUCCAUGGGAGGGCAGACUGCUCUGAACUGCGGUGUUGAGCUUUACAGGCAAGGGGUGCUGGAAAAGUAUGGCGUAAAAGUGCUGGGAACCCCCAUCACCUCUGUCAUAGCCACCGAGGACAGGCAGCUGUUUGCAGACAAGCUGCUGGAAAUCAAUGAGAAAAUAGCGCCAAGCUUUGCAGUUGAGACGCUGGAGGAUGCCUUCGUAGCAGCAGAGAAGAUUGGAUAUCCAGUCAUGGUGAGGUCUGCUUACGCACUCGGUGGCCUGGGCUCUGGUUUGUGCAACAACAAAGAGAUACUCAGUGAUAUUGGUAGAAAUGCUUUGGCAAUGACGAAUCAGAUCUUGGUGGAGCAGUCACUGAUGGGCUGGAAGGAGGUGGAAUAUGAGGUGGUGCGAGAUGCUGCUGACAACUGUGUAACUGUGUGCAAUAUGGAGAACUUUGAUCCCUUGGGAAUCCAUACAGGAGACUCUGUCGUCGUAGCCCCAAGCCAGACCCUAUCCAAUGAAGAGUACCACAUGCUGCGUGAAACUGCUAUCAAGGUGGUGCGUCAUUUGGAGAUUGUAGGAGAGUGUAAUAUCCAGUACGCCUUGCACCCGUUAUCCCUUGAGUACUGCAUCAUCGAGGUCAACGCCCGGUUGUCCCGCAGCUCGGCUCUUGCCUCCAAGGCUACAGGUUAUCCACUGGCUUUUGUGGCUGCUAAACUGGCCCUAGGAAUUCCCCUUCCGGACAUCAAGAAUGCAGUUUCUGGGAAGACCACAGCAUGUUUCGAGCCCAGCUUGGACUACAUUGUAACCAAGGUUCCUCGGUGGGACUUGGACCGUUUCCACGGGGCUUCUCGUGAGAUUGGCAGUUCCAUGAAGAGUGUUGGGGAGGUGAUGGCAAUUGGUCGCACGUUUGAAGAGAGUUUCCAGAAGGCGCUCAGAAUGUGUCAUCCAUCUGUGGAAGGUUUUGUACCCCGCCUCCCAAUGAAGAAGUCUUGGUCUGAUGAUGUUGACCUGCAGAAAGAUCUCUCUGUUCCAUCCAUUAACCGUAUCUACUCCUUGGCAAAGGCAUUGCACAGCGGCAUCUCGGUGGAUGAGAUUUAUGACCUGACUGCCAUUGACAAAUGGUUCCUCUACAGACUCAAGCGAAUCGUAGAACUGGAGCAAGUGCUCUGCAAACAAAACAGUGAAACCAUCACUGAUGCACUGCUCUUAAAGGCAAAACAAGAUGGGUUUUCAGACCGCCAGAUUGGGGACUGCAUUGGCCUAAGUGAACUAGAUGCGAGGAAACUGAGGAUAAAGAGGAACAUCAAACCACAGAUUAAGCAGAUUGACACACUAGCUGCAGAGUACCCAGCUGUCACCAAUUACCUCUAUUCCACUUACCACGGACUGGAGCAUGACUUGGAUUUUAACGACCAUGGAAUAAUGGUGCUGGGCUGUGGACCAUACCAUAUUGGUAGCAGUGUGGAAUUUGACUGGUGCGCCGUUUCCAGUAUCCGAACCCUACGGCACCUUGGAAAGAAGACGGUGGUUGUAAACCACAAUCCCGAGACUGUCAGCACAGAUUUUGAUGAGUGCGACCGGCUCUACUUUGAGGAGCUCUCACUGGAAAGGAUCCUGGACAUUUACGAACAGGAGGGCUGCCAAGGAUCCAUUGUUUCUGUGGGUGGCCAGAUUCCAAACAAUUUAGCCCUCCCCUUGUACAAGUACGGUGUGAACAUCCUGGGCACCAACCCGAAGCAGAUUGACCGGGCUGAAGAUCGCUCCAUUUUCUCUGCAGUACUUGAUGAACUUCAGGUUUCUCAGGCCCCAUGGACAGCUGCCAGGACUCUGGAGGAUGCACUCGCAUUUGCGGACACUGUGGGAUAUCCCUGUUUGCUGAGACCAUCUUAUGUCCUAAGUGGAUCAGCAAUGAAUGUGGCUCAUGAUGCUGAGGAGAUGAACAGAUUUCUGGCAGAGGCGGCCCGUGUCUCUCAGGACCAUCCAGUUGUCAUCACUAAGUUUGUGGAAGGAGCACGAGAGGUUGAAGUUGAUGCAGUUUCAAAAAAUGGGAAGGUACUGGCUCAUGCCAUCACAGAGCACGUGGAAGAUGCUGGUGUUCAUUCUGGCGAUGCCACGCUCAUCCUCCCAACCCAGACCAUCAGCCAGGGAGCUUUGGAGAAGGUGAAGAUUGCAACCAGGAAGAUAUCUGAAGCAUUUGAGAUCUCUGGUCCAUUCAAUGUACAGUUUCUUGUGAAGGGAAAUGACGUGAUGGUUAUUGAAUGUAACUUGAGGGCAUCCAGGUCCUUUCCCUUCGUAUCAAAGACCAUUGGUGUUGAUCUUAUCAAUGUGGCCACGCGAGUGAUGAUUGGUGAGAGCUUGGAUGAGUCAAGUCUGCCAACGCUGGAGAACCCCAUCAUACCAACCGACUACGUGGGCAUUAAGGCUCCCAUGUUCUCCUGGCCUCGCCUGAGAGAUGCAGACCCGGUCCUUCGCUGUGAGAUGGCGUCCACUGGAGAGGUUGCCUGUUUUGGGCCAAAUAUUUAUUCUGCGUUCCUGAAGGCAAUAUUGUCCACUGGCUUCAAAAUGCCCCAGAAAGGGAUCCUAAUUGGAAUUCAGAGCUCCUUCCGAUCAAAGUUCCUGCACAUAGCGGAGCAACUGCACGAGCAAGGAUACAAGCUUUAUGCUACAGAAGGCACGUCGGCCUGGUUGAACGCCAAUGAUGUCAUCACUGGUCUCGUGUCAUGGCCCACGGCAGAAGACCACAAUUCUUCCAUCCCUUCAUACAGCAAAUUUAUUCGUGAUGGAGUCAUUGACUUAGUGAUCAACCUGCCCAACAACAACACACGCUUUAUGAGGGAGAAUUACCUGAUCCGAAGAAUGGCCAUCGAUCAUGGAGUGCCCCUCAUUACCAACUUCCAGAUCGCCAAACUUUUUGCGGAAGCCAUUAAGCACUGCGGGAAGCUGGACUCCACCAGCCUGUAUCACUAUCGUGAGAACAGUGUGAUCAGAGGAUUGCAGUGAGCUUGGCACAAUCGGCAGUCCACCCACCACACCUGUACAAAGCUGGUUCUCUGACAGAAACUACAAGAAACUACAGUCUCUAACUUUUUGAAUAAAGAGAGAUUUCAUUGCUACUUGGACUUUCACUUCAUUCAGCUCCCAGAGGUUUAAGCACUGUGUAAUUAACUGUUUGUUGUCUUGUUUACUGCGGUAAGAAGUUUGCAUCCCCCGAGCGCACUGAGUUCCUACCUGUCACCGAUAUUCUCGUGCUGUUUAGCCUCUUGCCUGCUCUGCACAGCACCGACUGAGUCAUCUGUAAGACUGCAGUUACUAACAAUCUAGCAAUUGUGGGAUUGCUUCAAUCUUUCUGCACAACUCCCCUGAUGCCUAUAGGUGAUGUUGAGCUGACCGGUGGUGCAGCAGGCCACGUCUGUUGGGUGCCCAGCGACGGGUGAUGAUUGGAAGGCCAGGAGCUGAGGCAGUCUGAGUUCUUGCAUCGAGCCACCAGGCCAUCCUGUUCACAUGUAAGAUAGUGAUUGAUCCAGCCUGACACUGCCAGCCACUGCACAGUCUGGGAAUGGUGCCCAGGUUAUCCCUGUCAAAAGUCUACCAUUGUAUUUCCUGUAUCGUUUGUGGAUUUGCAGCAUUCGUUCUCUCUUUCCCUCACUCUCUCCAGUACCCUGGCAGGUUGUAUUAGGGCAACCUUCACAAAUGCCAUGGACGAUGACCAUAAGGUGGGAAUAGUCUCACUGGAUCCAACCUUGGAGAAUGCUGCUGCUGAACAUCCAAUGAGUCCCGGCUGCCCUCACUAGCUCUCCACCACAGUCACUCUGUCACACAUAACUACUACCAAUGCUGUGCUCUUAUAUCAUGAGCAGGGCCAUCAAAUCAGUUCUUUCCAUAGUGCUUUGGGUUCUGUUUAUUCUUAUGUAAACCGUGACAAUUCCUUGUAAGCCAACCCUACACAAAUAAACUGUUCUUUAAUUAAAA